AGUGCUAUGCAUUAGUUCGGCACAACCAGGUUCAGUUCCUAAAGCUGCUUGAGUUCAGCUCUUCAGUGCUUUUAGUUCAUUUAGUUGACUUUUAGGAAAAGCAGAUAGCACGCAACUUCCAGUGUGCAUCUGUGGGACACUUCCAGCAGUUUACGGUCCAGCAGAUGAACAUGCACAUGAUUUAAAGCAUCAUUAAACUGAACUUUAAUACUAAGAGGAUUGUUUCGAUCCUUGAGCAUCGUGCUUCAACAACUUAGACUGUAUGAUCAAAAACCAUAUGCAAUCCCAGUCCCAGUGUGAUCUGACUCUCAAGGGAAUACAGAGGGAUGCCGUUAUAACCUGGGAAAGCACGGGAGAGACUGAAAGAGAGCGCAAGGGUGGAGACAGAGAGAUAGUGGAGCUGUGUGGACAUAAGCAGUGAUAUAAACAGGGGAUAAGGAAAUGAAGGGAAAGGGCGCACCCUUUUAAUAAACACCCAAACACACACACUCUUUUCUGUCUAGAAGACCCCUCAUAACGUCUGGGACGCAGACCGAGAGUCACGUCUCUCUCACAGAAGGACUUCAUUCACUGGACAGCUUCUGAAGCACUGCAUGAUCGGCUCUGAAGGAUGCAAACCUCAACCGAGCACAUCUGACAUCCUCUGGUGCUCUUCACACGUAGACAAGCUCUUCGGUGUGAGCCAUCAUCACACAGACGCUGAAGAAGUUCAGCUCAAUCUUACACCUGAAGCUGCAGAGGAGAUUCUCAGAGGAGCGGCACCAUUAGAAACACCACCGUAUUCUUCUGCACGCUCUUGAUGGUCCUGUGAAUGCAUGCUUUUUGGUCACUUUCUGGAAAUCGUGCUACAGCAAAGCGGUGGAGGAGUUGCAUGUUCUUCAUGAUGCAACUGCGAGUGGACACUGAUCGUUUUUAUUGAGGUAAACCAUUUCUGUUAAACUCACUGUGUUUAUUUGGAGAAGAGAAAGAGCAAGGUUCACCACGCAAGCAUCUUUUUGCACAUGCAUUUACUUUCCUCAAGUGCCUCAAGAGUAAAUCUCCAAGAAUAUCCAAUGAAAGAAGCCGAAUCUUCUCUUCUCGACUCCUCCUGGUCCUCUCUUGUAAAACACGCCCCUCUGCUCCGCCUCAACGCCCUCGACUUCUCCGACCUGUGGGAUGAUGAGGAUCUGGAGCUGGACAGCACUGAUGAAGACUCCUCCCAAACAUCGGUCAAUCAGACUGCAGCCACACCCCUCGCCCCGCCCCCUCCCCCGUUAGCCCCGCCCCUCUCUGCAGCGAGCGAGUCUCCUUCAGGUUGUCGUACUCUGAGGCUCCACUGGAGCGCGCUGCUGAGUCUGCCGUCUCUGCCGAGAGUGGGCCGCUUCGGGCUCCAGUCCAUCUGGGCCGGUCUGGAACCAGUUCAGCUGGACACCAACAGACUGGAAUACCUGUUUGAGAGCAAGCGCACCAGCAGCAGCGCCCUCUGCAGUCUGAUGGGGGCACGACAGAAGCAGCCGUGUGUGUGUGUUCUGUGUGUGAAGCGCAGUAACAUCAUCACUAUCGCGCUGAGCAGUCUUCCUCCGGCUCACCUGCUUCCUCCUGCCAUACACAGCAUGGACAACACCGUACUGGACAGAGAAGACCUCCAGAGGUUACAGAUGCUGGUUCCCACUGAAGAGGAGCUGAAUCUGAUCAAGGAGGCGAAGGCUCGGGCCCCGCGCUCUCCUCUGGGCCCCGCAGAGCAGUGUCUCCUGAUCCUGGGCAGCGUUCCUCAUCUGAGCGUCAGACUGCAGCUCUGGGCCUUCUCUCUGGACCACGACACACUGGAGAGAGAAAUCGCUGAGCCGCUCUUCCACCUGAAGCUUGCCAUGGAGCAGCUGGCGGCCAAUCAGACGUUUCGCUGCAUACUUGCGACUGUGCUGGCCGUCGGUAACUUUCUGAACGGCUGUAAGGCCAAGGGCUUUGAGUUGAGUUACCUGGGCAAGCUCUCUCAGGUGAGAGACACACACGGCCGCCAGCCUCUGCUUCAUCACGUUUGUGUGUUACUGCUCCAGCUUUACCCACAAUCCUCUGAUCUCUACUCCGACAUCACUGCGGUCACUAAAGCCAGCAAGUGUGACUACACACAAGUGCAGACGAAUGUCUCGCAGCUCGAAUCGCUUUGCAAAGCAUCCUGGGAUCAACUCCGACUACUUGAGAAGGAUGGGAAGAAGAAGAAAGGUGGAGGAAGGAAAGAGGAAGGUGGAGAAGAGGCGGCGCUCCAUCAGAGGCUCACACAGUUUCUGAAGGACUGUGAGGAGAGACUGAAGGUGCUCCGAGCCGUUCACCGCAGAGUCAUCAACAGAUUCCACUCGUUCCUGCUGUUCUUGGGUUAUUCGCGCAGCAUGGUGAGAGAAACGAGUGCGGAGGUGUUUUGUAAGACCGUCAGUGACUUCGCUCUGGAGUACAGAGCCACUCGCAGUGCUGUGCUUCAACAGAGGGAGAGAGAGAAGGAGAAGAAGAACAGCCAAAACACACCGAAACUCAGACCCAGACUCCAACAGAGCCCAGCUCACGAGAAUCAGGAGCAGGUGAAACUGGAAGAGGUUUUGAAGACUCCUGAAACACCGUCGACGUCGUCUUUCCACCUUGACUUCACUCUUCCACGACAACGCAGCAAGACGAGCGACAAGAAAGGUUGUCCCUCCCGAAAGCUGAAGUGGUGAUCUCCAGUCCUUAUCUCAGCAAAGAGUGUAGCUCAUUGUUGACACGUUAGCUUGUUAACUUUGAUUAUGGAAGAAAAACUUGAAAUAAUUUUUUUUUUUUCUUUCUUUUUUUUUUUUUAAGAAUUAUUGGUAAGUUAGCAGCUGUCACAAAUAUUGGUAACUUUUGGGUUUUGAGUCAAAAGCAGAGAUUUUGCAUGUUAUAUCGUUGCUGUUCAUUAAUUGUUUUGUUUCAUUAUUUCAAUCCUUAAUGUUUGCUGAGAAAAACGUUUAAGUUUCCAGUGUGACAACUUACCCCAUAUAUUGUGACCACAUCCCAAUGCUUGACUUGCUUACUUUGUGUUUUAUAUAUAACAUUAACGGUACCGUUGUAUAAACUACAAUAAACUGUCAACAGUUUAGCAUUCUUCUUGCCAUAAUUUCCUGUAGUGAUUUAGAAUUUCAAAUAAAUUAUGUUUAUUGAUAAUAUUGU